AGUUAUUUUUUCUUUGAUUUUUUCUUUCCUUUGGAUUUCAAUACCGGUCUUAUGCCAGACUUCUAGAGCUGCUUCACAUACUGCAUCAGCAACAAUUGAAUUUGAUUUUAUUGAUUUCUCAGUUUUAAAUUCACAGUUCUUAAGGUAAAAAAAUAAUUUCAAAAUAUCCCCAUUAUUAGGAAUAAUUGUUUGGCUCAGAGCAUCGAUAGAAUUUCCUACCAACCAAAUAUUUUGUGACUGUUGUCUUCUUUUCGAUAUUGUUGAUUCAGCCGUGUCAAAAGCAAUCACCAAUCAUAUACUAACAAAAUAGUUAAGGUUUUCGAUUAUUUCAUACUGGCGACUAUUGGGGUAAACUGCGUUCUUCUAGCUUUGAAUAGCCCUCUUCCGAAGCAUGAUAAAUCAAGACUCAAUCUAAAGUUGGAAAAAGCAGAACUUUACAUGUUAAUAAUAUUUAUUACCGAAGCAAUUUUAAAAAUUGUUACUCAAGGAUUUAUAUUGCAUCCUGGAUCCUACCUUAGAAAUGCUUGGAAUAUCUUGGAUUUUAUAGUUGUUGUGACUGGUAUUAUAAGUUUGCCAGAAGUUGACAUUGAAUUUGAUGCAGGCAGCAUAAAAGCUUUGCGAGCAGGGCGUGUUCUGCGACCUUUAAAACUUGUAUCAGGAAUACCAAGUUUGCAGGUAGUAAUGAAGUCUAUUAUGCGAGCAAUGGCUCCUUUACUUCAAAUAUGUCUACUAGUUGGAUUUGUAAUUGUCAUCUAUUCAAUUAUUGGUUUAGAAUUUCUUAAUGGACAUUUUCACAAAUAUUGUCUUGGAAAUACAACAGAUUUAAAUAACGACAAACCACAAUUGUGUGGUAAAAACGGAUUUCAAUGUGAACCUGGUACUUAUUGUAAUGGAACUUUUGAAGGUCCUUCAUAUGGCAUUGCUUCAUUUGAUAAUAUGUUACUGAGUAUGCUAACAGUAUUUACAUGUAUCACAUGUGAAGGAUGGAGUCAGAUCAUGUAUGAUACUUUUGAUGUGUAUGACAAAAAUGGGUUGUUCUUUUGGAUAUACUACUACUCAUUGAAUAUUAUUGGGGCAAAGUUUAUGCUUAAUUUAGUUCUUGGUGUGUUGAGUGGAGAAUUUGGAAAAGAGAGGGAGCGUGUUGAAAAUAGAACUACAUUUUUGCUCCUCCGUCAGGGGCAACAAGUUGACAGGGCAUUAAAUGGUUAUAUGGACUGGAUUGAUGCUGCAGAACAAGCAAUAAAUCGCGAAGAAGAUGAAGAGAAUCAUCAAUUAAAACGCAUUCGAAACCAAAAAAAGAAAGAAGACGGAAUAAAUCUGGGAAUGACAAAGAUCCUAAUGAAAGGAUCAUCUGAAAAAAAAUUUCGUCUCAAUAUGAACAACAGUUCUCCAAAGCAAACUCUAAAAGAACUUCUUCAUAAAAAGCUUCGUAGGUUUCGUUUAGCAGUAAAGCGCUUUGUCAAUCAUUCAGUGUUCUAUUGGUCAAUAAUUACGUGUGUGUUUUUAAAUACUGUGUCAGUUGCUGUACAACAUUAUAGGCAACCUCAAUGGCUUUCAGAUCUUCAAGAUAUAUCAGAGCAAGUUUUUCUUACCUUCUUUUUAAUGGAAAUGUUUUUAAAGAUUUAUGGAUUGGGUCCUACUAUGUACUUUAGAUCUAAGUUUAAUAAAUUUGAUUUUGUGGUUGUAACUGCUGGUGUAUUUGAACUGAUCAUUUAUAAAAUCUACAAAAUAAGUAUGGGCAUCUCUGUGCUAAGAGCCUUAAGACUGUUGCGGUUGUUUAAAUUCACAAGAUACUGGUCAUCAUUAAAAAAUUUGAUUACAUCAUUAUUAAGUAGCAUUAAAUCUAUUAUCAGCUUGAUAUUUCUUUUAUUCUUAUUUAUUCUUAUCUUUGCUUUGUUGGGAAUGCAACUUUUUGGUGGUGGAUUUUCUUAUAAAAUUCCACCAUUACGUACUAACUUUAAUGAUUUUGGUAGUGCAAUGUUGGCUGUAUUUCAGAUAUUGACAGGCGAAGAUUGGAAUACUGUGAUGCAUGAAGGGAUAUUAGUUUAUGGAGGUCCAAAAUCUGCCAAAGGUUUAAGUGUUAGUUUGUACUUUGUUACAUUAGUUGUUCUUGGAAAUUAUACUCUUUUAAAUGUGUUUUUGGCAAUUGCUGUUGAUAAUUUAACAAAUGCACAAGAAAUUAGCGAAGAUGAGGCUUCAGAAGAAAAAGCUAGAUUGCAACAUAAUAAAGAGAUAAAACAGAAAUAUGCACCAAAAAUAAUGGAAACCGAAAGUUUGCCGGUCAGUGUUAAUACAAAGGAAAAAAAGGUAAAAACAAAUGAAUUUGACACUUUUCCAUACGAAGGUGGAAAUGCUUUACCUAAUCAAGGUUUCAUGAAAAAUCUGAAAUUUCCUGGUCGUAUGACUGGUUUAUUAAGUUACAAUCCUGAAGUUCUUCAAAUGAACUCAAUGUUUAUUUGUUUUCCUGGAAAUCGGGUUCGAAUUUUUAUUUUUGAGCUGGUUACAUCAAAGUACUUUGACAAUGCAAUGUUGGUUUUGAUUUUGGUGAGCAGUGCAUUUCUUUCGCUUGAAGAUAUGGAAGAUCGAAAUUCUACAAGAAAUAUGGUUUUGAAGUAUUUUGAUUUUUUUUUCACUUCUAUUUUCUCAUUGGAAAUUUUGUUAAAGAUUAUUGCAUAUGGUGUUGUUUUGCAUCCAGGCUCAUAUUUUCGAGAUCCUUGGAAUGUUAUUGAUGCCCUGGUUGUUAGUUGUGCAAUAGCAUCGUUAAGCCUUGAACAUAUAAAAAGUUCAAGCCAAACUCAAAAGUAUAUAAAUGUUUUACGUGUAUUGCGAGUACUACGUCCUCUUAAAGCAAUCAAUAAAACAAAAAAGCUUAAGGCAGUUUUUCAUUGCAUGCUAUAUUCCCUGAAAAAUGUUAUCAAUAUACUGCUGAUUACAUUCCAGUUUCUUUUUAUUUUUGCAGUAAUGGGUGUUCAACUAUUUUCAGGAAAGUUUUAUUACUGUACAGACAUAUCCAAAAAUCUUGAAGAAUCUUGCCAGGGUCAAUAUAUUGAUUUUAAAGAUAAUAAAUUCAAUGAACCAAAGAAUGAAAAGCGUGAUUGGAUGAACAGUGAUUUUAAUUUUAAUAAUGUUUUUGAAGCUUUAAUAACAUUGUUUACAUCUUCUACUGGCGAGGGUUGGCCAACUGUGAUGUUUACUGCAAUUGACAGCACUGGUUAUGAUAAAGGACCAUUGUUGAAUAAUCAGAUUCAAGUUUCAUUGUUUUUUGUUUCCUUUGUUGUUGUUUUUACAUUUUUCUUUUUAAAUAUUUUUGUUGCACUCAUCAUCUUGACCUUUCAAGAACAAGGGGAAUCUGAAGAAGGUGAUUGUGAACUUGAUAGAAAUCAGCGGGGAUGCUUGCAAAUUGCAAUGGAGUCUAAACCAGGAGAACGAUUUAUGCCUGAAAAUCCCAAUAGUUUGCAAUACAAACUGUGGCUUUUUGUUGAUUCUGUACCAUUUGAAUACUUUAUAAUGCUGCUUAUAUGUGGAAAUACUUUCAUACUUAUGCUCAAGUUUCACGAACAACCAAAAUCGUAUAGUGCUUUUUUAGAAGUGGUCAAUAUUGUUUUCACAUUUUUGUUUACUGCUGAGUUUUUUCUCAAAAUAUUUGCACUCAGACAAAAUUACUUUCGGGAUGGAUGGAAUGUCUUUGAUUUUAUCAUUGUUUUAGGAAGCGUUUUAGAUUUUCUUUUUUUAAAAUUGAGCGGACCAGACAUACCAUUUGAUCCAAGUUUAUUCAGAUUAUUUCGUGCUGCUCGACUCAUAAAGUUAUUACGGAGAGGAUACACCAUUCGUAUUUUAUUAUGGACAUUUUUGCAAUCUUUUAAAGCUUUACCUUAUGUUGCUAUGCUAAUUUUUCUGUUAUUUUUUAUUUAUGCUAUUAUUGGAAUGCAGAUGUUUGCAUUAAUAUCAUUGGAUAAUGGAGAUGAGGCACCUUGGUCUGAGAUAAAUCAAUACAACCAUUUUCGUGCUUUUUUUCCUGCAAUGCAAGUAUUAUUUAGAGCUGCUACUGGAGAAAACUGGCACAAUAUUAUGUUAGCUUGUACUUCAAAAGCUAAAUGUGACCAAAAAUUAGCUGCUGCAAAAGGUCAAGAAUAUUGUGGUAGUGAAUUUGCAUACAUGUACUUUGUAUCAUUUAUCUUCUUUUGUUCAUUUUUGAUGUUAAACUUGUUUGUUGCAGUAAUUAUGGACAACUUUGGAUAUUUAACACAAGAUGAAAGUAUUUUAGGACCUCAUCAUCUUGAUGAAUUUGUUAGAGUUUGGGCUGAAUUUGAUCCAAGAGCAACUGGACGCAUUAAGCAUACUGAAGUUUGUCAAUUACUACGGCAAAUGUCUCCACCUAUUGGACUUGGCACUAAAUGUCCUAAAGUUGUUGCAUACAAACGUCUUAUACGAAUGAAUAUGCCAUUGCAUCCUGACAAUACAGUAGAUUUUACUGCUACAUUAUUUGCUUUGGUCAGAACAGCUCUUAAUAUUAUGACUGAUAAAAACAAUUUACACAGCAACAAUAUUGAGAUGAGAUUGAUGUUAAAAAGAGUAUGGCCGAAUAUUACGAAAAAAACCUUGGAUCGUGUUAUACCAAAACGUAAUCAAGGUGCCAGUCAAAUGACUGUAGGUAAAAUCUAUUGUGCUAAACUUAUUUAUGAAAAUUACAAACAUUUGAGAUUAUCUUCUAAACAAAACAAGAACAACUUGUGUGCUGUAAAUAAUUUGACUGAAGAGUCUCUUGAUAUUUCAAAUAUUCAGAUGAAUAAAUCUCUUCAAAUAAAUGAUAGUGCAUCGACCAAUGCUCUAUAUAUUGGUAAUUAUAAUACUCGUGGGAAUAAUCAACUACCAAUAAAAUCUAUUCAAUCAACACAGUCAUCAGAUAGACAAAAUUUAAUCAAAAAGCAGAAAAAAGAUGUUGCACUUGCAAUCAAGUCUGGAAAGAAUCCAUACGAUUUAUACGGUUUACCGCCCUCCUUUGAAGAAGAAGAAUGGUGUUAGUUACUUGUUAAAAUGAUAUCUUUGCUUAUUUAAAUAUAGGCAUACGCUUGGCUAGAUAAACUAACUAAAGAACAACAUGCUUCGUUAACAAUGCUAACGAUACAAAGUGCAUACUAUUAAGUUACGUGCAUGUCACAAUAAUAUUAUGCUGUUUAGCAUAUUACGAAUUGUUUGUUUUUUUUAUUAUUUGUAAAAACAAUUUUCUUGCUAAUAGUUUUAAUAUUUCAA